AUGCUCUACAGCAAACUCAACUUUAAUACUUACUCAGCAGCUUGCUCGCGUUAUCGGUCAACACCCUUGGUCGUUAUCCGCCUAGCACAAACCAAAAAGCGUUUCAAACAAAACAACGCUGUUCAGACUUACAGUCCUCACGUAGUGAACGAUGACGAUUGGUGGAAGCUGUUGUCAGACAACAUCCCUGUUGAAGCGUUUACCGGCAGAUUUGCCCAUCAUCCUCUCGACGAUACACAGAAGACGUUGUUAACCGCAUUAAAACAACGUUUAGACGAGAGAUGUAACAGCAUCGUUUGGCUCCAUGACGCUAGUGAAGACGCUUCAUCCACACGAGCGGUGAUCCUUGCUUUGAUGAAAGAGCUGAACAAGAAGAAUCGCGUGGGCGGAAGAUUCGUUUGUUGCCUAAACGAUAUUAGACGACAGUCCCUGGACCGGAUCUUUCCCACGAUCGCUUACCAACUUGGCAGACGGGAACCCUCAUCGCGGGAGUUAAUAGUGAGAGAACUCAAACGAGAUCCCGCUUUACUUGAAGCCGCAUGCUCCUACAACGAUCAAAUCAGGCCUCUCUUUCAUGAGCCCGUCAGGGGCUUAAAAUUCACGUGGACAAAGGACGACGCUGAGAACAACGUCGACACAACGACACGCGCGUUUCUCUUCGACAGGCUCGACCACUGCUGCCCUCCCGAAGAGUAUAUCUAUAUCGUCGACUUUCUCGAGCUCUUAGUGGACACCCUCCAUCUGGAUCCCGAUAUUCCAAACUUCCACUUGUUCUUCAUUACCGGACGAGGCUUUUCUCUACAGGAGGUUGAAGACGUUUUCAAAGCACCUUAUGUCACGAGCACCGUUGAAACCUCCAACAUAGCGAAUGCGCCGCCCAUAAUCCUGCGGUCUUUCCGAGUUGAACAUCGUUCAGACCCUCCUUCGCCUCCUUCGCCUCGAGAUGAUGACGACCAGCAGGACGGAGGGGGAAAUGGUGGCGACAUGGGGCCAGAUGAAGGCAGCGGCGUGGACAGAGGAAGCAGGGGUGGGAAUGGAGGUGACCACAGGGGAGGCAACGGCGGGUACGAUGGAGGCAAUGGCGGGGACAGAAGAGGCUUAGGCAGGAACGAAGGAGGUAGUAACGACGGGGUUGAAGCCGCCAGGGACGAAGGAAGCAAAGGGAGAAGCUUUGACGGAGGGGGCGACCGAGAUACGCAAGGCGACAAGGCUUCUACGCGAGCCCACAGAACCCAUUCCUCACCUCUGAAUUCCCCAAUGUCGGUUUCUCCAGUUUCGUACUCUCCCAUGGCCCACUCUCCAAUGUCGCAAACACCGGCGUCACCCUCCGAGUCCGCAUAUGUGUCACGGAGGGAGCCUUCCCCGAACGUCUACAUGAAUGACGAUCAGGAUGGUGAGAAUUCCCAUGAGAUGCUGGCCCUGCAAUGCCUGGACUACAUGAACUACAGGCUUUGGAGGAACCCCUUCAGCUUGAACGCCCAGGAAAAUGCUGGUGGACCUGAUCAUCGUAUCGACAUAGGAGAAGACGAGUCGUUGUACUAUGCCUGCGUCCACUGGGCGGACCACCUCUCCCAAGCAGAUUGGACUCGGUUGGGAGAUCUUCGCCCCUCAGCGGGACUAUUUUUUAAAUACCGACUUCUUUACUGGGUCGAGUUUAUGAUCGCUGCAGACGAGUUACCUGCCAUACCAACGAUGCUUCGUGCUGCAUCUAUGGCGAUCGAGAGCUCUCAUUGGAACGAGAAUGCACGUUGUCGUCUCAAACAACUUUGCUACGACGUCGAGAGAGUCGUUCUAGAACUUGGAAACAACUCGGCCCGCCAUUCACUCCCGCUGGAUUUACCUCGCGCGGCGCUUCCAUUCGCCCCAAUCAACAGCGAACUCCGUAGAUCCUCUCGCCUCGUUAUUUCUCACUAUGAGCCGAGAAUAAAAGUGCAUAACCUCAGACAACAUUGGUCCCCUCAUGUCCUCACUAUCAAUGUCGCCGCGUCCUCGCCUUACCAUACUGUGUCCCAAAGUAGCUCCACAGAGCUUGUCGGUACUGCUGUCUCUCCUGAUGGCACUCGGGCGGUUUCUUGGGAGCAGAACGGGCGCUUGCGUCUAUGGGACGUCUUCUCUGGUUGCCUGCUCGAAUCACGUAAAUUUUCAGCCCUGUUCACUCCCUCGUGUCAUCACGGAAGGCCCAUUCAUUCCCAUAACAUCAUUACAUUCUCAUCCGACGGAAGAUAUAUCCUCGUGAACUCAAGUCCGCAACUCUUCUUGUGGGACGUUGUCAACUUUGGGAAGGAUCGGCCUCUGAUUCUGACCAUCGGCGACGGGCAAGUUCUUUCCUCCUCAAUAAGCAUCACGAAGGAGGAGGGUAUACUGGUGGCAAUAGGAAGCAGCUCGGCGAUAUCAACUUGGCGACGAACGUCGAGGUUGGAGUGGGAAAUAAUUCAAACGCGACUCACUUCUGCCUGUACGAUUGCUGUCUCCAUUUCUCCAUGUGGACGAUGGAUCCUAUCUUCUGAGUGCAACAGUAGCACAACACGUCUUUGGGACUCAGGCGGCCUCUUAAAUCUCAAGAGUAUUGAGAUUCCCGUUCAUUCUUCGAAAUUGCCUCCAGACUCGCUCAUUUGUCACCUAUUCGCCAGCGAGUAUGCCAUUGUACUUUGGUCAUCUGGACAAGAUCAUUGGCUUUCUACGACUCCUUUGAGAGCACUACAAACUCUCGAAGGUGUACUCGACGGUAAACUAACCACCCCUUCUCUUGUGGAAAGCGAGUCCCAUGUAGAGGGUGCGUCAAACUCCACCAUUGAGCUUCCCUUCAAGGUCAAGGUUAAGCCUAUCUAUGUGGGAGAUCGUCUUACAGCAAUCGAGAUUGAUGGGCAAUUCUACGCCCCGAACGGCCUCCUUCUGGGCGCACGGCCUGUAUCACUUGCAAAGCCGCUUUCAUGUGGCUCCUAUGCACGUGUUGCUAGCAUAUCUGAGGACAAGUGUUCCCUCUGUUUGUGGGAUCCCUCAAUUCCCACUGACCUGGCUUCCGAAUUAGAUGGGGUACGAUACCUCCAUCCAGUCAUCCAAUCACCGUCAUCAUCACUUCCAUCAUCGCCCCUUCAAUCAUCUUCAAUGGCGACAAAACCUCGGACACCAGGGCCGAUAGGCGUAGAAGAACCGCCAUUUUCUCCUAGUUUGUUCCCGUCUCCCCAGCUUAAGCCUCAGCAACCCCCAUCGUCGACACCAAGGUCGGGCCCCUCGUCUACAUUCCUUGCCAUGCAUGGACAAAAAACGGACUGGCCGUACAACGAGGAAGAAGAUGACACAGACAUAGAGGAAGACGUUGACACGACCGCUUCACAAUGCUCCACGGGAUCACAAGCCAUCAGUCCAUAUCUGCAGCAGGGGCACCCAGGACCAACGUGGUCCCAGCUUGUUAAUUCUUUAAAUUACCCCAGCAUCCUUCACACAGCAUCGAAGGAUGGGCGGGAUGAAGAUGAGAUAAAUAGCGUAGAUUCAAACAAUGGAGGAAAAAACAAAGUCUCCGCCACAUCUAGCAGCCGCCAGGACACUCAACAGACGUGGCCCGCAUCCUACUCAUCCCCAGAUUACGUCUCCUCUCCAUCCGGUCCCUCCGGGAUCAGCCCAAGUGACCUCUCAGCCCCUCUUGCCUUCACUCAACGACAUCAUCCGAAUCCGACUCUACCUCAGGCUCUGGCUCGGCUCUCUCCCAGCGUCUCGCCCAUCAACGCGCUAAAGAUGAUGGGCAAUGACCUGCACGAGAACGAUCCUCAGAGCCAGAUUUCCACGCCUGUGGGUAGGCCUGAGAAUCAUCCCCAGGGUACAGACUUGAUUAAGAUUUGCGGACCGCUUCAAGAGACCGCAUCCAGCCCGACAAUAUGCAGCUCCCCCUCUAGUUUGGCGGAAAUGGGCCAAUGCUCGUCACACUUUUACGAUCAGAAGUUCGUCCGAGUAUUCGCCAUGGCUGAUGAAUAUACUUUCCCCGUGGAUUCACUAUAUAGAGAAGCAGAAUCAACUGUAAUUAUCAGUAAGAGCUUGGAUAAUGUCAAUGUGUCCGAGUCAAUUGUACAGCAGAAGCUGAGCCACUCAACUGCCCUUGUCACCCGAUUCUUCGCGGAUGAAGCCCUGCGUUGUUCCGAAGGAGCGCUGUCGCAAGAAUACACAGCCACGGGCACCGUAACAUACGAUGGAGGAACCGUUAGCUUCAAACGAGAGUUCCUAGCUCUCCCUUGGUGCUCAGAAUAUGGGGCGAAACUCACCUUGACUUCGACACUCGUGACACCCUCUCGCUUGCCGACAUCUACCACACCACGAAUGGAGAGGUCUUCUACUCCGAUUGCUGACGAGGUUGAAGUUAUUGCCGUGCUAUCGAGGCUGAUUUUGGGGAAGACGGGAUUGAAACGAGAAACGAGAAGUGGGACUGGAUGGCUUUUCAGGCGUGAUUCCGCUCGACUUGUGCGGGCGAUGACUCGGAGCACGACAUGGUGCAAUACCGAUGGACGUGUGACGGUUGACAACGUUGACGCCGCGUUUCACGAGACAGAGAAAAAGGAUGACAUUGUUGCGAGACGCAGUGGCUGGGACUGUGAAGGGUCGAGGACGAGGACAGUGAACGAUGACGCCGUAUGGAAGGUUUUGUCUGAACACAUCCCUGUCGACGCUUUCAGCGUUCGUUAUUCUACCAAACGACGUCAGAAUCAUGAUGGACACCACAAAGCCUUGCUCGAGGACAUCUUGAGACGCCUAACCGAGAGAUGUCGUAGCGUCAUCUGGCUUUGUACUAAUGCCAACAAUACGACUGCCCAUUCGACAGCAGUAGCUCCCUCCACUACAUUAGUGGCCCAUUCCGUGGCUAUUCAGCUGGCGAAGGAAAACAGUUUAGGUGGGAGAUUCGUUUGUUCAUCCCAAGACCCCAAGCGUCAAGCGUUGAACCACUUCUCUCCGACAAUUGCCUAUCAACUUGGGACACCGCCGAAUCAUUGGUCUACGAGAAACUUGCUGGUACAGACUCUCAGACGAGAUCCCGCGUUGCUUCACCCCAAGUGUUCUUUUGACGAUCAAAUUGGUCCUCUUUUCCAUAAGCCUGUAAGGAGUCUCAAAAACGUAUGGAACCAAGCGAAACCUCGAGUGUUCGUCUUCGAUAGGAUCGACGAAUGUUGUCCUCCUGAGGAGUAUGAUAGCAUCGUUGACUUCUUCGACCUUCUGGUGGACAUUCUUCAUUUAGACGAUGGCAUUCCAGAUUUUCACCUUUUCUUCGCUAGUGGACCCAAGUUUUCUUUAGAGCAAGUUCGUGAACUCUUCAGUGGCCCCUCCACUUCCUACAACCUCCAAAUUACCGACACCGGACCAGACUCGUCUAUGAGUCUCGUAUCUUUCCAACUUCGCUCGCCACCCCAUGUUUCGCCGCCUCAUCCGCUACUCGCUUUAUCACCACCCGAUCUGUCGGCUUCUCAGCCCAGCUCUCCGUCAACAAUCCCUUCGACUUUGUCAUCCUGGCAACUUGAAACCUCUUUCCAUUAUGGCAACAAUUCUUCCAGGUCCCCAUCGUCAGGGCCUUCAUCUCCCCACCCACGCAUUCGGCCUCAGUCACGUUCUCAGUCGCCUUCGAGCCCUUUACCCUCGUUGUCUCACUUUUCUCAGCCGAUUCAUAAACGCGCCAGGUCACAAUCAUUGAACUCUGCUUCUUCCCGUCCACGUAAGCGAGUCCGGUUGCGCUCUCAAACACGUUCUCCGACUCCGUCCCAAUCGUCAGAACUAGACUACUCGCUUGCUCCGACACUGAGUAUACGACAUUCCCCACCUAGUCGUAGAAAUUCGCCGGCUUUCUAUUCUUCCAUGCCGUUGCCAGAUUUAGGUCAUCCGACUCACUAUGCAAUGACUACCGUACGGGAAUUCUCCCCCAGACCGUGGCGUUAUUCGUCUCUGCCCGCAUCAUACAAUUAUCCGUCUUUCCGAUUCGACCAAUUUGAAUCACCCAGUUCAAUGCAUUCGCCGUCCCCGACCCGAUCAUCAGGCUACACGUCUUCCAGUUUGCUUGACCAGUUUGAACCAUCGAACUCAAGGCAUUCUCCGUCUCCAUCCCAGUCAUCAGACUACACACCUCUCUAUUUUAUUGAUCAGCUUGAAUCACCCAGCCCAAGGCAGUCGCCACCUUCAAGGUCGUCCCCAUCGUCGGAGUCGAACCAUCCCCUUCCGCACGCAAUGCUUGACUCACAAUACUUCUCACCCCGACCAGAACGCUCUCCGUCUCCGUCUCAAUUACUCAGCGAUUCGUCAUUUCACCCAUGGAACACUGAGGUACCCUAUGACACACAAAUGUCUUCAGCCUUUACGUUCUCGUCUUCUCAUGAGACGACCCAGACUUCCAGGUUUCAGUCACCAGAGUCUGGUUCCUCUCCUCCACCGUCCUCGCCGAUUCACUUGGCUUCGCCUUCUCAUGACACGGCCCAGAGUACCAGGUCUCAGUCAUCAGACUCUAGUCCCUCCUCUCCACUGCCUUCUCCAACUCGCUCCUUUUUGCCGUCUCAUGACACAAACCAGUACUACAGGUCCUUUCAGACGCCUCCGCCAGUUCUAUUUCUCCCUUCGUCAAGCCCUCUGUUGCCCCGCAGGCAUGAUGCACUGACACGGGAUCCCUACAGGCGCGACUGCAAAGUGUUCACGAAUGACGUCUAUCCCGAGGAAGGACAUGCAGACGGACAAGAUUUUCACAAUAAAGCAGCUUUGCAGAGCAUGGAGUAUAUGAGUUACAAGCUUCGGCACGAUGGUUUCUGUUCUCAACAGUCGGGUGAUCCGGGAACAAACGACAACGCUAUUCAUCCACAUAUGGUGGCGAAUGACGAAGACAUGAACCCUUCGUCUGCUUUGUAUAAAUGCUGCGUCCAUUGGGCUUACCAUCUUUCUUGGUCGGACUGGACUUUCUCGAAAGAAUUUCACGCAAUAGUAGGCGCUUUUCUGAAAUACCGACUUCUACUCUGGGCCGACUUCAUGGUCGCUGUAGACCAAGUGGCCGCCGUUCCAACCAUGCUCCGCACAGCAUCCGUGGCAGUCGAGAAUUCUCGUUGGAGUGCAAAGCGGCGUGGUCAAAUCCAGCAACUUAUGUACGACGUUGAGAGGGCUGUUCUAGAGCACCGAUCUUCUGGCAGCUCAGCAAGUCUAAGUGAUUCUUCAAUCGCUCUUGCGCCUCGUAACAGUGAACUUCGCCGAUCUUUCCGUGUUCUUAUCGCAGACAACGAGCUCAAAGUGUCACAUGCAGUGAGGCCGCGUUGGCCAGCUCGCGUUCUCACCAUCGAUGUCAUGUCUUCCUUGCCUUCUAACCAUGAACAGGCCGAAGGUGACGCUCGUCUCCGCGUCAUUGGCAUUGCGGUUUCUUCCGAUGGCACGCGGCUAGUAUCAUGGGAGGAAAGCGGUUGCCUGCACCUGUGGGACAUUAUCACUGGACAUCUUGUCUCAUCAUCGCGCUUUCAAGCUCCAUUCACUUCCGCGUGCUCUCAUAAUAAACCCAUAAACUACGAAGCUGCCAUCAGCUUCUCCAGUGACAGUGACCUCAUCCUUCUGACGUCCCAUUUAAGCGUUUUCUUGUGGAGCCUCCGGGAUAACGAUGAUUCUCAGGAUUCUUCGUUUACCCUGAGUAGCGAAGAUGGACCAGCACUUUGUUCUGCAUUGGAAAUCGAACAUUUCCACGGUUCCACCUUCAUAGUCGUAGGGAGAGCGCAUGGAAUCUCAACGUGGAAACAAACAAGAGAUAUGGCUUGGGUGUCCUUGCAUUCACAGUCAACCCCGUUCUGCACGACGGCGGUAUCCGUGUCGUCUUGCCUUAUCGUGCACCUUCGGAAGGCGGAUGACCUGACGGUCAUCCACAGCUUCCCCACUGUCCCCCCAAGCUCGCCGCUGAGCUCCCUUCUCUGUCACAUGUUCUGUGAUGACUAUGCCCUCGCUCUAUGGUCAACUCACCGGCGACAAGAGAGGUGGCUUUCUGCACUUCCCAUGUGUACUUCCCGAUCAGUCUCAUUCGAAGGGACUUUGACCAACUCGUCUGGAUAUAUGGCAGGCGAUGCUGCAGUUGGGUCUAAAUCUCGAUCUAGCAUGAGAUUUCCCUUCCAGGUCAACCCCGUAUACGUCGACAAUCGGCUCGUUGCACUAGAGUUUGACGGCUCUCUUUACUCUAGGAGCGGAGCUAUGAUACUGAAUACGGGGUUGGCACCUGAAAGUCCGCUCUCAGCUGGCUCGUAUGAACGGGUGGCAACCUUAUCUGAAGACCGAUAUCAUAUCUAUGUUUGGGAUCCUUCCAUCCUGGCCAAAACCCAUGAUGCUUUUUCGUUCGGAUACGGAAUCGACGAUGUCUCCCUUCCUGGGGUUUAUUGA